UUGUGGCCACUUGUUUUCGUCUCUUUUCUCCUCAGUCCGUCUCUCUAUGUAAAGACAGGAGCUCAUCUACCUUCAGUCCAGUACAGAGGAACACACCACCGCUCACCAUGUUCACUGUUCUUUCCCUGCUUCUACUGACAGGAGCACACAGCGCGACGGCUCGGAUUCACUCUCUGAAGUAUUUCCUCACUGGGUCGUCUCAAGUCCCAAACCUUCCAGAGUUUGUGGCUGUUGGUUUGGUUGAUGACGUUCAGAUCGAAUACUAUGACAGCAACACAAUGAAAGCAGAACCCAAACAGGACUGGAUGUUAAAGGCAACUGAUGCACAGUACUGGGAGACGCAGACUGGGAUGCUUUUGGGUUUCCAGCAGUGGUUCAAAGUCAGCAUUGAAAUCUUAAAGCAACGCUUCAACCAAACUGGAGGUGUUCACACUUACCAGCGGAUGUACGGAUGUGAAUGGGACGAUGAGACUGAAGAAGUUAAAGGUUUUGAUCAGUAUGGUUAUGAUGGAGAAGACUUCAUAUCAUUGGACCUGGAGACAAAGACGUGGAUCGCUCCAACACCACAGAGUGUCAUCACCAAACUUGAGUGGGAUCAGGAUAAAGCUCGACUCGCUCAGAAUAAGAAUUACCUCCUCAAGAAGUGUCCUACAAUGCUGAAGAAGUUCCUGGAGCAUGGGAGGAGCUCUCUGUUGAGAACAGAGCUUCCCAGGAUUUCUCUCCUCCAGAAGUCUCCCUCCUCUCCAGUCAGCUGCCACGCUACAGGUUUCUACCCUGACAGCGCCGUGUUGUUCUGGAGGAGAGAAGGGGAGGAGCUUCAUGAGGACGUGUACCACGGAGAGGUCCUCCCCAACCAUGACGGGACCUUCCAGAUGAGCGCUGACCUGAACGUUUCCUCCAUCUCCCCUGAAGACUGGAGGAGGUACGACUGUGUGUUCCAGAUCUCUGGUGUGAAGGAGGACAUCGUCACCAAACUGGACAAAGACUCAGUCGAGUCCAACAGAGCCCAAAGUACCUCACCUGCUGGAAAAGAUCCAGGUGCCUCAGAGCCGCUGAGAUCAGGUGAUGGAGGUUCUAAUUCUUCAAGUGAGAUUCCGUCCUGAACACAGUUUAUGGACAAGAACUCAGAGGACAUUCUCUGAAGGAGAAGCACUUUUCUAACUCGCUUGCACAGUCCUAUUUUUUUAUGUUGACCAAUACUAUAGAUAUCUGCUUAUGCGGCAAAGUCUUGUGAUUCUCACUGUCUUCAUAUUUUACAGAUAGGAGUUACAUUUUUUGAAUGAGAGCGUUUUGUUCGAGACAGCUCAGAUCUCUCUCACACAGGUGCGGUCAUUAGUGAAAUACACACCCAGAGGAGGGGGGCCAAAGGGGCAAAGGGGGACAGUGGAAUUCUUUAUGUUAACAAAUUCAGAGGAAUUGACUAAUACUGUAUUUAGUGCAGUGGGUAGAGCAGACAGUGAGUCAGGUGAGGCAUUAACUAUAGUAUUUCUUUUUUACUGCUGAUUUUUUAAAUAGAAACAUACAGAGUCCUUCUUUCUCUCUCUGUCUGUAUGAUAGGGAGAGCACCACCUACUAAUCAGUGUUAAAAUAAAGUGAGCAAUCUGUACCAAAUCGCUCGCACUGAAAAUUAAGUUGUUUUAACUCCACUGUACAUUGUAAGUCAUAAUUAUGAUUCUUACUCCAAAAUGUUUACUAAUUAAUCAAACAUGUGAUCCAUACAUUUUUAAAUGAUCAGAAUGUUUAUCGAGUAAAAAUCGCAAAUGUUUGCUGAUGUUUAUCAAAUAUUAGAUUUAGUUGCUUCUUGUACUUUUUGAUGGAUUAAAAACAGUCACAGUCA